UCUACAGCCUCGGCCUCAUUGACCUUUCCUCCGGGUGCAAUAAUUCUUAAUCGUUUCCUGGUUCUUUGGUCUGUCUCCACGAUCUCUCUUGCGUUGUUUCGAGUGUAUUCAGCUUCUACCGCCACGCCGACUUCUCUACCAUAGGAAGCUCUGAGCGCGCGCGCGUCGCGUACCAUCACACCCACGCAUGCGCCUUACAUUCGGCACAUCUCUCUGUCAGACAACUACUUUUACUGCCUUGGCUGAAGGCAUGGAUAAAAUCGCAGACAUAAGGUUUGCGUUCCCAUGGACUUUGCACUUCUCUUAAUGUCUCUAACCACCACGCAACACAGCCAGCGGUCUGGACCCGAUUCCACUAGGAUAACAGCCGAUAAGAGACGAACUCUCAGAACAUACAGCAAACGUACGCGCGCAGCUGAUGACGAAUUCGGCUCUCUUUUGUUCAAGAAGCGCAAAUCCGAGACCGAACCAGCAACGCGGACGCCGGACCUCCCACGGCUUCCUCCCGCUCAAUCUGCGCCGCCGUCAAGCAGCAUACCCAAGAGUUCAAUCCUAAGCUACUUCAAGCCCUGCCGGUCAAGCUCGGCCACUGAAGCCUCCGACCCCUUGUCCGACUCGGAAAAGCUGGUCAACACCCCACCCUCAUCGCCUCCCGUUUUCAGAAACAUCAAGGAACCCCGUCGUCUGAGGCUACGACACAGUACGCCACUCUCACGCACGUCGGACCCAUUGGAGGAUGACAAAGACGAGAAUGAAGAAAGCUGUAUCGUCGUUGGACGAAAAUCACAUCAUACUCGCAGGACGAGAGCACGAGGCGCCCCAGAGCUGCAAGAUGCCGACGAGAACAGACUGAACGAGCUUCCCGACCUCGAGAAGGUCGAAUCGCAGCCUAGGCUGAAGAAACCCCCCUCCCGAUCAAAGCCUGUCCCGACUGUUCAGACGACCAUCAACCUCUCUUCGAAACCUACUUUUAUGGAGUGUAAGACGUGCCGGAUCGUGUACAACCCGCUGCAUCCGGCAGACGUAAAAUAUCACUCUCAACGGCACGCAGCCUUCCUCCGGGGCAGGGCGAAAGCAUGAAACCCGGCACAAAAUCCCUGGCAUAGCAUCUGUUUCGAAGUAAUGACUCAAUGAUACCCAUUUAGCAACAAUAAGAAUAUACU